AUGCUUAAGCACUGGGAUAUUGCACUCCAUCCGAAGCCUGCCCUCACGGAUUAUGGUGGCUGUGCAUCCCAGGCUGUGUCCCUGGAACCAGUAUCCCCCUCUGAAGAUUUGGGGGAAAUGAACCUGAGUUUGCCUCAGGAAGCCAAUAAACUUGCUGAGAAUGGGGAGAUGGAGUCAGGAGAGAGAGGGAAACGGGACACGUACCCAACGGGACGUUUAUCAGACGCUGUGUGCCGAGCCACACCUGUCGGAUGCGGAGAGCGCCCCUCCCAGCUGGGGCAUCCUGCUGUCCGUCAACCCUGCUCUCAUCUGCCCACCUCCCCUGAGUUACCCACCAAGGAUCACGAAGCCGAAACCUGGAGACUAGCAAGACCCUGGAACACACUCUCAGCAGUGGAGUUGGAUGGUCAGGAUUGUUCUUCAUGGGCUCAGCUUGAUUCUUGGCCAGCUGGCCUGCCUGCUGCCCCUCACCUUCUACCCAGAGGGAAAUUCCUCACCCGCUGGACCACACCCGCUCUUGAGGACCUCGCGAGCUCUCUGGGCAGAGCGGAAGCCAGACAGAGACCGGACUCCAAGGCGACAAUCCCAGCUCUGUGUGUGCCAGGAGCCCCCAGGGGCAGGGGCCCACGCUGCAGGAGGUUAGCUGCCCCCCAACACUCAGGAGCCAGGAGUGGGCUGCAGGGACAGAGCGCUUCUCAAACGAGGAGGAGCCCCCGUGGAGUACGUGACUCCUGCCCCUCUGGCUGCACGCUCCAGUUACCAGGACAGAGACCCCUCCCCACGCGUCCCCAGCCUUCCCCUGCUUCCUGCUCUGGCUGCUGGGAGGCCCUGUCACCACACAUGCGCGAGCACGCACUCCGACACAUGCGCCCCUCCCAGGCACCCCUGAGAGGACCAGCUGCAGCUGGGGGGUGCACUGAGUGCUGCCAGGUCCUCAGAUCCACAGCCUCCCCCCAUCCUCGCCCCCUACUGCUGAGCUGCUUGGAGGUUUAAAGCAAAACAUGACUGUCUUUCCUGCUGCUCAGUGGCAGCGGCGCUGCCUGAGGGUUAUUUUUAGCAGGGAUGCGAGGAAGGCACAUUUCUCCUUGACUUUCACCAGGGACAACCCUCACCCCCCAGCCAAGACUCGCCUGGGGAGGCAGGUUCGGAAACCCCACUCCCAGGAAGGGGAAACUGGUGGGUUUUCUGUUCUUUCAAUUCAUCAGGCCUUGAAGUCAAGCUAGGGGCUGCUCUGAUGGGAAAUUCUAGGUUCCAAAGCCCAUGGUUUCCCCCGCCAUCCCUGGUCUCUGUGUCGCUACAAAUUUGAGGAGCAAGAGGUACGUUGUGUCUAGAGGCAGGUCGCCCAGGCUGCGGGUGUUGGGGUCCUGGGGCAGCCGCGUGGUUACAGCCAGGCACUAUAGAUUGCAUGCAGUGCCCGGCUUUGUGGGGGAGCGGUUCUCACAGAUGCUGGCUUGUUAAUUCAUUAAACUGCCUGUCUGGCCUAUA